CUCGGUGUAGUUAGGUCGAACAUAUUUUAAAUAAUUCAAUCCCAUACACUCAGUCUCGUGGUCUUAAAUCGUUUAGUUCUUCACUUGAAGCUGCCUUAAAUUAGACAAAACAAAUCUAUAUAUACCUGCUCGAAGCCCGUACAGCUGUAGCUAGAAAUUUGUUUAUUUUCUUUUUGGUUCUGGCAACCGGAAGAUCUGUCGAAGAAGAAGUUAGAUCCGCAUUUUGUUGAUAAUAAUUUGUGUGGUUGGAUUUUAUCUUUUUCGUGUGAUCGCUGAUCGGGUCAAUCUUUUCUUUACCAUGAUGGAAUGUGUUGGUGAUUUGUUUGGAUUAAUGACGCUUUUAGCAUUGCCACUGUUGGUUACGUGCGGUGGCGGCGGCGGUGGUGUUGUCAGGGAUCGCAGUGAUCAUCACAGUCUUCCUCAUAUUAAAUGCAGCAAAGAGAUAACAACACAAGGUGAUCAGAACUUUACGUGGGACCAGUCGAAAAACAGCGAAACCAACCUAGCCAUAUCCGAGCCAGUUUGCUUGUACAAAAAUGGCCAGAUUUUCAUAAGGGAAUGUUCGAAUGGCCAGUGGACACCGAAGAAACUACCCAAAUGUGAUCAUGUGCCACAGACUGUUUGGAAGAAUCAUAACUGCCCCGAGGAUCUAGUCCAGAUUCCUGUGUAUGGGAGUUCGAAACCUUUGUGUGUCAAGGUAUCCAAUCGAAGUGUGGAGUGGAGCGAUCGGUUGUGCCUUGGAUCUGAUGUCUCGAUCCUUGAUCUGGAUGAUCGCGAAAGUGAUGCCAUCCACAAGUAUCUAAGAUCACUCGACCAAGUCGAAAGCUUCUGGAUGCCGGUACAGAGAGCCGAGGGCAAUAGAUACAACCCACUUGUAUGGAAGCUGCCUGGCAAAGAGUGGGGUGAAAUUCUAACAAACUACAAGUACAAUGAGCUUUCUGAUAAGAACUGUUUAAUUGCGGCAAUAAAUCCAUUUUUGUUUGCUCUGCACAUGAGUCACUGCAAUGAGCGCCAUCAUUCUGUGUGUGUUUUUAAGCGUAAAAAUCUGGCGAUAAAAUCUGUUUGUCCACAGAAUUAUGGAGCACUGAGCUAUAAGCCAAACAUCUGCUAUGGCAUCGAGUGGGAUGUAGAACCGAAUCAAGAUGUAAGGCGAUUGAGUGCCGGCGAGUACUUUGACAACCGCAAUGCCAUUCGUCAGAUUCUCGAUGUGAUCGACUAUGACGAUAGUUUCUUGCUUAGUCCGGUGCAUAUAAAUGGCGUGAGGUACGACUUGCUUAUAAACAAAAAAGAUAAGAUGGAAAUUGGACCGGGUUACCGUUCGAUGCGAUACUUGGGGGUGAAGCAGAUGAAGAUGGAUCCGGGGGCGAUGGUGGAGUUGUUUCUGAAAUUCGAUGCUGAGCUGGAUGGUAUUGUACUCACGGUGUAUAAUAGAAAUUCUAUUUGGAGAUUAGACGAGAAAGACUAUGGUUUUAAGUGUUUCACUAACGCCGAUUCGGAAGCUACAAAAUCGGUGAAGGUAAAGGAUGUCAUUUGGGAAAAUUCCGACCAGACGAAGACCAUGUACGAACUGAAACUCUAUGGUGAUGGCCCGGGAUAUUAUUGGUGCGAAGCUCAUACGGUCUAUAAUUUCACCCAUGUGCUGUCGAAGAAGAUAGUUGCGACAAGGAAACACAAAGGACACACCUUUUCUACGUUCUUCGAUAUGCCAUGCGAUGGGAAAACUUGUCAGAUAGUGCACGACAGUAAGAAGGAUCUUGGAAAGCAAGCUGAAAAAGCCUUAAAAACUUUGAUGAAUCAACCACGGGAAAAGGAAAAAUUCAAGGAACUGAAGAUUCAUAGCGUACGAGUGAUGAAUAUAGAAUCCAUCGAUGAGACCCUUCAACAAAUAAACCUCUUAUGCCACAUUUCAGCGUCCCUUAAAAACUCAGCUGUAGACGAUAGUGAUGAGGUGAGUAGCGAAGAAGACGACGAAGAGGAAGACGAACAAGGUGUUCGCCAUGAUACCGUGGUUCGUAUGACAAUCAGAAAUUUCUUAAACGACAUAAUCAAACUGAACAAUGCAAACAGUUCGUCGGUUAACAGCACAGAGUUUUGCUUCCCCGAGGCUUUAUCGACAAACUCUAAGAAUCAAUGGCUGACAGCAACCCGUGGUGAAACUGCCACAACCAGAGAUCUGUGUUUGCAAUCAAAUGGUCUCCCGAUAUCCAGAAAAUGUCUUGGAGACUUCCUCUACGGAGCGAUGUGGGACACAGUAAACAGCAAUCACAUUUCAUGCAUUCACAACAUUCCUCCAAAAUUGAUAACCAGCCAUCUCUUUCGCAUCGAUCAUUCUAAGAGACCCAACAAAGAUCCCGAAAAGGCGAUGAAAGAUGUCAAAGCUAUGAUCCGAGACAAUUUCAAUCAUCUUAUCCCAGCUGACCUUUUCUACUUGGGAAGAAUCGUGCGGAGUAUCACAACUAAAGUGAUCGCAUUGCGAUCAAUGGCGAACACAAUAGAUCCAUUCUCGUUGUCAGCUUUGAGCGUACAAAGUUUAUCAAAAGCUACAACUAGUGACAUUAUAAGUGUUUACAAUCAUUUAAUGAAAGUAAAUGCAGACGUUAUAAAAACUUCAAUUAGAUUGAAUUCAACAAACAUCCUGCUUGACGCAUUCGAGAGGCUAAUUGAUGAGGUUUCAACAACACCCAAAUUAGGGGUGACAGGCACGAGCAGCGACAACAACGAUGCGAUUGGUCAGAGCGAUCUUGGUGUAGUCGAAGUGAGGGAUGAUGAAGACGAAUUAAUUGAAAGCAUUAACUAUCAUGAUGGUGUAGUAGUUCGGAUUACACCCAAAUUGAUUGUGUUCGUCAUAGAUCCAAAUGUGGCCAACAUAACUGGGCUGGCUUUUUAUAAGUCUGCAAGUGAUAAGGACAUCUAUCGAGGUGCGAUAGAGGAUAACAGUUUUAGAUUUUUACAUUCUAAUCAGUCCGUGGAGGAAUUGCUCGAGGAGGAUGAUCUUCAAUUUGCUACAUUCUUCCCGCAAACUUUGCUCGAUAAUUUAGACGAGAUAUCUAUUUUAGCGAAGAAUCGGACUUUAGACGAUCUUCCAGAUCCUCGAAUUGUCAUCAAGAUCUUCACAAACGAUAGACUCUUUCAAGAAGACCGUGAUGUAACGGACAAGAAAGUGUUCAGCAAGAUCAUUUCGGUGUCUGUUCCAGGACAUGAACGAGAUCUUCCUGAGCUUUUACCUCUGAUAAUGAGAAUACCUCCGGAUAACAAUGAAACUGAAGCCAGUUGUCGCUAUUGGGACUACAACACUUGGUCUAAGGAUGGAAUAGUGUUUCUGGGAACAGCAGAAAAUGACACCAACUUAGUUCGGUAUGGUUGUUCUCACUUGACACCGUUUGCCCUUCUUAUCGGGGGAACUUACAAUCUGACAGCUUCAUCUGACAACGUCAUCGUCAAGGACAUUCAUCGAGAGGCAUUGGACAUCAUUACUCUCACAGGAUGUUCCCUGUCAUUGAUUGGAAUUAUAGGAAUUUUCAUCACAGCGCUUAUAUUUCAAACAUGGCGAGAGAAGGCUUCCUCAAAAGUUCUACUACAGCUAUCGCUGGCCAUUGCUCUGCAAAUGGUCCUCUUUUGCUUCGUCAACACCGAGGAUUACACCUCGCAUCUGAUAUCAAAUCACAUAUUCUCAAGUUGUGUAGCUUUGGGAGCUUGCUUGCAGUACUCAGUGCUGGUUCAAUUCUGCUGGAUGAUGAUCAUAGCCUAUCUUCAGUUCAUGAGAUAUGUCAAGGUCUUUGGUAACACUCGGCCUAAGCGGUUCUUUAUAAAGUCAUUUAUCAUUGGAUGGGGAGUGCCGCUGAUACCGGUACUGUUGGUAGUCCUGCUCGAUCGACAAUCAUACAUUCCACGUGAAAGUUCCGGAUCACCGAUCUGUUAUCCGACCGGAAGAUCACUCUAUCUGGGAAUAUGUUUGCCUGUUGUUCUAGUGAUCGUUGGAAAUCUUGUAAUCUUCGUUGCGAUCAUCUAUAAUAUAGCUUAUGGGCCAGCAGCGAUAAGGCAUCAUGACAAACGAAAAGCAAAGUCACAGAUAAGGGUGUCAGUUUUGCUGUUCUUUUUGCUCGGAUUCACAUGGAUAUUUGGCUUAUUGACCGCCAUGAGAGCUGGCAUCAUUUUCUCCUACUUGUUUUCUAUCACGGCAACAAUUCAGGGAUUUGUGUUGUUUGUGUAUUUUAUACUUUUAGAUCCUGUAACGAGGAGCAUGUGGACGGGAUUUUUGGGAAGGUAUUGUGGUAUCAAAACUGAGAAGAACUCUAAAGAUACCACAACUUCAUUUUAAUGAUCUAAAUAUUCAAACAGGGUACCUCUAUACUUUCAUCUCAAAAACAAUUGUAUUAAAAUGCCAUAAACAGUACAGCAAGGAAAUUUAAUUUUUAAAAUAUUACGUUACAUUGUAUUUAUUUAAAUUUCUAUUAGAUUUGUAAGAACUUAAGACAAUAGAUUGUUAUUCCUUUAAUUUUGUUGUAGACAUUCGUCUUUUUAUGUUUUGUAUUUAUGUACUUAAAAUUUAUUAAUAAACAUAAAAAAUUAAACAAAUUUGAAUUUUAGACAAGCCACAA